AUGUCAACAUCAGAUUCUACUACGUUACUACCGUUUGGAUCAAUGGCAGGAGAUGUAGAAGGUGGAGCGGGUGACGACCUUUUGGUUGCUGUCCUCAACAACCCAGUGGGAAUUACGUGUGAUUGCGUAGUUUCCAACAGAAUUUUUAUAUAUACCAAUGGAUACAUUACAUUUGAUUCAAACUAUGAAAGUCCAAAUCCAGCCAUUCUUGAACCAAACAACAAUCCACAGAAAAUGGUGGCACCAUUCUGGUCAGAUAUUGACCUAAAAACGGACUCUAAAAUCUGGUAUCAGCUGUACAACAAAUUUGGAACUGCAAAUGUCUCAAAUACAUUGUCCGAAGUAAAAUCAAUAGUUGUGGAAAACUUCCGAGAUAGCAGUGUAGCUGGAUCGUUUGAGCCAAACACAGCACUUGUAGUCACUUGGGAAAAUGUGGUGCAAUCUCCUGCACUGAAUCAUGCUCUACAGAAUGCUACCUUUCAACUCCUGUUGACCAGUGAUGGAGUGACAACCUACACGGCAUAUUUAUUCAAAACCAUGAACUUCCUGCCUCCAAAGCCAGCUAUGCUGGGUUACAAGUGUGGAAAUUCCCCCAGCAGCAUCUUCAACCACCCAGGAUCCCUCACGAAUGCCAUAUAUGACGAAGUCAUCAAUAGUGGUGAUAAUGCCAAAAAUACCAAAGGAUUGUGGGUUUACAAACUGGACACUUGUUCAAGUUCUGCCAUAAAUUACGUAGAGAGGUGCCAAAAUUGGAGAAUCACCACCGCGAAGACGCAGCAGGAGUUGGUUGCCCUGGCUCACUCACUGCUGGUAGCAUGCCCAUGUAACAUCCGCCAGGUCAAGACUGAUCCUCGCUUCAUUGCUAGUUCUGCUGAACCAGGCUGUUAUUUCAAAGUCCACUCACCUACUGGUUAUUCCUUCACUAGGAAAUGUUGCUACAGCAGCAGCUCUGCUGAGGGGCCAUUGCUGACAGGUGUGGCUGGUUCUGGCUAUGUUUACCUGUAUAACCCUCUUCUUUACCCUUCCCUAUCCCAGAGCUACGACACUGUGCCAUACAACUGGUGCUGUGUUGAGGCAGGGCUUUGUGAUGUAUUUUUUGCUCAAAGGACAUCAGACAACUGCUUGAACUAUAAAUCCCCAGAAAGUGGAGUGAGCUAUGGAGAUCCACACAUUAACACUAUAGAUGGUCUUAAAUAUACAUACAAUGGUCUCGGUGAAUACACCAUGCUUGAAGUCAAAAACAUUUCUAGUGGAUCAAUCAUUUUUGAGCUGCAGUCCCGUACAACACUGGCACAAAAUGAAACUGGUAGUGAAAUUCAUGCCACUAUAUUUAGUGCAUUUGCUGCAAGAGAAGAUAAUGUCACUGCUCAAGUUGAGGUCAACCUUGAGAAAAAUGGAAUAAUUGUGUUUUGUAAUGGGCUUGAUGUCACCAAUGAAUUUUACAAUGACACCAGUUAUGAAUGUUCCCAGAAUAAUAAGCUUCGUCUGUCCAGAUCUCAAGUCAACAAUCAUUCAGUUCAGAUUCUUUUCCCUUCAGAAAUUGCUUUAAUAGUAUCAUUUGAUGUCCUAAUGUUGGAUUUGAAUAUCCUUAUUCCCAAGUCUUUAUCAAACGAGACCGAAAACAGGGGACUUUUGGGAAAUAUUAACGGUGACCCCACAGAUGACCUGACCUUGAGAAAUGGUUCAGUGAUGUCGAAAAGCUCCAGUGAAAAAGAUAUAUAUUACACUUUUGGAGAAUCUUGGCGGCUAGAUAGUGCAAAUUCCAUAUUCUCCUACAGAGCUGGAGAAAGCUGUGCGAUGUUUCAAAACAACAGUUUUGUGCCACUGUUUUUCGAGGACUUUAAAGCAUCAUUGAUUGAGAAGGCAAAUGAGACAUGUAAAGGAGAUUCUGGCUGUCUUUAUGACUAUCUUGCCACCCAAAGUAAGGCUAUAGCAGAGAAUUCUAAGAACAUCCUUGAAACCUUAGAAAUGAGGCAACUACAAGCAGCUAACACAGCUCCUGAAAUAAAGGGGGCCCUGCUGGUCAAUGCCACAAUAGGACAGUCCCUAACACUUGUAGUUGAAGCCUCUGAUUCUGAUGGAAACUUGAUAACUGUAGUAGGUCCAGAUAGUAAUUCUACUGGGAAGGGCACAGCCAAUAUAUCCUACACAUACCUUCCUACCACAGCUGAUCAACAAAUUAGUUUCUGGGCUGUUGACAACACUGGAUCUGCAUCAAACACUCUCACAGUGAUUAUUGUCAAAUGUUCCGGCUGUUCUAGUAAUGGAACCUGUGACUUCGAUCACCCUAAACCAACAUUAGAACCUAACCAGUUUACUGCACCAUGCAUCUGUGACAUUGGAUAUGAAGGUGUGGACUGCUCAGUGGAUGUGGAUGGUUGUCAUGACAACCCCUGUCAGCCUCCUCAUAUAUGUACAGACAACUCCCCCACAGAACACAACAACACAGGAGUAGCCUUCCAGUGCAGUGAUUGUCCAGCUGGCUACAAGUAUGGCAACGAGAGGAAGUGUGUGGAUGUAGAUGAAUGUACCAAUGGCAGUCAGUGCUCUGACCACCAGAUUUGUACAAAUGUUCUUGGAUCCUUCAGCUGUAGCUGUGAGCCAGGGUACAGAACCGAUGUCAAUCAGAACCAGGCCUGUCUGGAUGUGAAUGAGUGUUAUGAACAAACCAGUGGAUGUCAACAACUUUGUAACAACACAGAUGGAGGUUAUAUUUGUUACUGCAGAGAGGGGUACAGUCUGAACUCCGACAACAGAACGUGUCUGGCAGAUACUGUAAAUCCCACUUGUUUAGCAUAUAAUUGUUCACAUUCUUGCUUGCUGGAAUCUGGGUCUCCAAAAUGUUACUGUGAUGAAGGAUAUACUCUUGCACAAGAUGGAAAAAACUGUAAUGAUAUAAAUGAGUGUACAGAAGAAACCAGUAAGAAAUGUCCUCAGAUCUGUACCAAUACAAUAGGAGGCUUUUCCUGUAGCUGCCAUCCCGGCUACCAACUGAUGCCAGAUCUGAAAUCCUGCACAGCUUGUGAUGCUGUUCACUGGGGUGUUAAUUGUAACCAGUCAUGUGAUUGUACCCAGAAUGCUUUAUCUUGUGAUCCAAAAUUUGGCUGUCGCUGUAAAGAGGGAUGGACAGGGACCCACUGUGAGACCAAUAUAAAUGAGUGCCAAGAUGGAGGUCCCUGUGGGGCACUGGAAAAUUGUGUGGACACUCCUGGAUCCUAUGUUUGUCAGUGUAAAGGGGGAUACCAAAGGAAUGACACCUCAGGAAAUUGUGAAAACAUUGAUGAGUGCUCUGAGUCUCUGUAUAACUGUACAGAAACCGAGGUGUGUAUUGACACUCCAGGAAGUUACAGAUGUGAGUGUAAAUCUGGCUAUCAAAGGGAUGCAACUGGACAGUGCCAAGAUGUUAAUGAGUGUGAGUUACAGACAGACCAGUGUACACAUCAUUGUAUCAACACAGAGGGAAGUUACAACUGUAAAUGUAACAUAGGCUAUACACUACAGGAUGACAGAAGAACCUGUGUCAUGUCUUCCAAUCCCUGUGAAGGAGCCACCAUUACCUGUGAUAACAGUGUAGGAGGGUGUACAACAAACAGCUCCAGAUCACCAUACUGCUUCUGUAACCAAGGCUAUCAGUUUAAUCAAACAUCCAGAAAAUGUACAGACAUUGAUGAAUGUGCAGAGUCUAUAGAUAGCUGCUCAGAAGUCUGUAACAACACAGUUGGAGGAUUCUUUUGUUCAUGUUCCAUGGGAUCUGACCUCCUGGCAGAUAGAAAAACCUGUCAGAGUUGCAACAAAACAGACAGAUGGGGAAACACCUGUGAGAACCAGUGUAGCUGUGGACCGGGUGCUUUGUUUUGUGAUUCUCUGAUUGGCUGUGUUUGUGCUGCUGGCUGGACAGGCUCAGACUGUUCUACAGACAUUAACGAGUGUUACAAUGUCUCUACUAACAACUGUGGACCAAAUUCAAACUGUGUAAACCGAGAACCGUCUUACAUCUGUCAAUGUGAGAGUGGAUACACAAAAGUCUCUAACAGUCAAACAGAGUGUACAGAUAUUGAUGAGUGCCAGACUAAUCAGCAUGACUGUUCCCAGCGCUGUCAGAAUAUCAUUGGUAGUUUUAUCUGCGCAUGUAGUGAUGGAUUCCAACUUGAAAAUGACAAUAAAACAUGCAAAAAUGUUGAUGAGUGUAAACUGCAAAGUGAUGAUUGCCAGCAGAUCUGUGUGGACACCACAGGAAGUUAUCACUGCCAAUGUCAUCCAGGCUUCAAUCUUGCUGAUGACCUUCACACCUGUAUCAAAGACCCUAAUUAUGAUCCUUGCAAUGCCGCUGGCCUGCCUAACGAGUGCUCCUAUGCCUGUAGGAUCACUGAUGGAAGUCCUGAAUGUUACUGUGACUCCAACUCACGACUCAACUCCACUGACAACAAAACUUGCAUUGCUUUGGACAACAAAAUCAUGAUCAAUAUGACCACAGACUAUCCAUUUAAUAAUGACCUCCUUCAUCCCCCAAGCACUACUUAUAAAAACACCAAGAAAGACUUUGAGGACUCGUUGAUGAAUAUAUUCAGGAGAAUUCCUGGUUUAGAAAAUGUAGUGCCAGUCAUAACAAACUUUCGGACUGGCACAAUACAGGCGGGUGACACAACAGUUGAGUUCUACCUAGUACUAGAUCAAGACAAAACAUCAAGUGAUAUCACCAAUGUAAGCUCAGCAUUGGUCAAUCUUCGUAAGACCCAAAUCACUGUGUCCGGGGCCCGCUACAACCUUCUGCAGGAACCCACCAUUGGACCUAGUCAAGAACCAGCUGUUUGUAAUCUGUGUCCAGAUUCCUGUUAUUACUUCAAUGAGACAGACUAUCAGUGCAGGCCUUCCUUUGAUGAAGACAAGACACUGACUGUCCAGCUCUCCUUGGAGAAAGCUUUCGAGCCUCACUUCAAUGACUCACGUACACCAAAAUUUAAGCAGUACUCGGACCAGAUUUCUUCUUCAUUGAGAAGAAUUCUGUCCUCUCCAAAUCUAAAGGAUAUUUUCAUUCAAGAAUUCAGAGAGCUGUCAGGUAGUAAAACUGAGAUCACUGCAUUGGUGUCCAUGAAUACUAGUGUAACAGAGGCUAAUACAAGGACAGUUGCACUAGAGCUGUAUGAGAAUGUGGACAAUAAGAACUGCUUGACAGUUGAGACAAGUUGUAUCAAACUCAGGAAUCAGACAUAUAUAGGGAACAACACUAGUCUUGUUGCAGUUAUCUGCUAUACUUGUUCCCAGCAACAGAUCUGUGUAUUUGAAACAAACAAAUACCAUUGUGUGGAGGCACCAUCUACAACAGUUACCACCCCUGCACAGACAGAUGAGCCAUCCAACACUGACCUUAUUUUCGGCCUGGGAUUGGGAGUACCCUUGGCACUUAUUCUCUUCCUGCUAAUCCUUAUACUGAUGUGCCUUCUGUGUCGCAGAAACAAACGCAGAAGAUCGUAUACAGAUUCGGAAUUUUCAUCAGUGGAUCCGUAUCACAUCAGAGAAGCCUUUGGCUCAGUAAGCUCAAAGAUUUCGGGACACAAACCUAUCUAUGGUGGUGGUUUAGGGGUGGGCAUGUUUGGAGCCUCACCAUAUGUACAACAGCCAAGAGAUAUCAUAGAUUCUCAGCGACAUCAGGAGCCAUUUGAGGAAGAACCGUACAAUUAUGGGAACCAGUUUUAUAGGGAGGAAGUUGACACCUUCACUGACAAUUCACAUUUUGAUGCAAGGAGAGAUGACCUUCCUCCAUCCUCAAACUUUUCUUGGGAUUUUCUUUUUAAUGUUAUGGACCCAAGGGAAGAGUUUCGGAUAGACCGACCUACAUUUAAUCAGACACCCACAGCACCAUAUCAGGAUGAGUUUGGCUCUGAAGCUUAGCAUCCUUUCCUUGAAAUCAACCAAAGCUGUGAGACAUAUCUGUCAUAUCAAAUGAAAACUCAUUUAUGAUUACCGGUACAUGUACUCAUUUCUUCACAGAAAAUGGUGCUGAUACUAUUUUCUUUUUUUGAGUUCUGUGUUUAAUUUAGUACAAAGACAUUAUUGUGUGGAAUCAAAUCUUUGUGUUUUGUCUUCCAUGCAAAUUGUGAACUCGUGUACUUGAAUGAACUAAAAGUUUGUAAAAAUUUCAUGGAGCUCUUUUGUUUUAGUUUGAAUGUGCUAUAACAUGCAUGUAUGUUAACUUUAAUAAUAUUGUUUUUCGUUCUUGAGAUUUCAUUUUGUUUUGAUGUGUUCAGAUUUGUAAUUGUAUGUUAUACAUGUCAGCUUGCCCUCAUUUUUCAACGGUGCAUCAACUGCAGUUUUUUUUUUUUACUAUAUGUUCAGCAAUCACAUUUCAACUCUUCAUGUAAUGACUAUUUGAAUUGAAGUUGCUAUGUUUAUGCCCUCUGUUUAUUUUUAUAGAGAUUUUCUCAGAUUAUUA